CCUGUGCAGUGCUAUUUGUCAACCCUCGAGAGAAGCUAGUGCUUUCAGUGCAGGUGCUGUGGGCAUCAGCUGCUCAGGGGUGAUGAGGGGUCCCUCUUUCCUGCCCCUCCCUUCUGUGGACUGCAGACCUUGCCUUCUUUUGGGCCACAUGCUAAUAUGGACAGCUCUGCUAUUCCUGGCACCUGCAGUGGGAACCCCUGCAGAUCUCCCGAAGGCCGUGGUAAGCCUUGAGCCCCCUUGGGUUAACGUGUUUCGGGAGGACGCCGUGACCCUCAAGUGCCAGGGGAGCGGCACCCCGGAGGACCACUCCACCCAGUGGUUCCACAAUGGGAGCUCCCUGCCCACCCAGGAGCAGUCCCACUACAGCUUCCACGCCAGCAGCAAUGACAGCGGAGACUACAGGUGUCAGACGGGCCAGACCAGACUCAGCGACCCUGUGCAUCUGGGAGUGUUUUCCGACUGGCUGCUGCUCCAGACCCCCAGCCUGGUAUUCCAGGAGGGGAGCCCCAUCCUGCUGAGAUGCCACAGCUGGAAAAACAAGCUUCUGCACAAGAUCACAUUCUUCCAUAACAAAAAAUCUAUGAAGUAUUACCACCAGAACUUGAACUUCUCCAUCCCACAAGCAAACCUGAGUCACAGUGGCGAAUAUCACUGCACAGGAUAUAUAGGGAAGAACUUUCACUCAUCAAAGUCUGUGGUCAUCACUGUCCAAAAGCCCAAGUCCAGCAAUAUAGUGAUGCUGAUCGUCGUGGCCGUGCUCAUUACGGUUGCUUUGGUGGCCAUUGUUGCUGCUGGCAUCGCCUGGUUCCACCUCAGGCGAAGGGGGAUUUCAGCUAAUAUCACUGAUACUGAAGAGGCUGCCAAAGCCGAGGCUGAGAAAACUGUGACCUACUCACUUCUCUCACAUAAUGAAGCCGCAGAGGAAGAAGCAGAGUGCCCUGAUUACCAGAACCAUAUUUAGUCUGUUGUCUUGCCUGGGACGUGGGAAAGAGAAACGAAAGGCUGGGAUUCGGUGUCUUCAAGCCUCAACUCCUGUAGGGGUGGACCAGAGGGUGCUACAGUUCCAAAGAAGAAUCUUCCAGUGUCAUCCUCAGGAGUCCUAAAGCUCCCCAUCCCAAUGCUACAGAAAAUUUGGCCCCAGAUGAUGAAUGUACUGAUUCCUCCUGUGCCUCUAUUCUUCUCGCCAGCAAGAAUCUUUUACCUUCCAUCCACCCAGUAACAAAGAUUUAAGAGAUUAUAGAAACACGAGAAAUGCUUAUGUUACAAUUAUCUGAGAGAAAUUAUACAAGUAGAUAUGAUUUCAGAAAUGGUGAUCUAGAUUAACAUAUGCCAGUACAUUAAAAGUGGUGUUUCAGGGGGAUGGAAUUACUAGUGAUUUUUAUUUUCUUUCUCUAUUUUUCUAUACAGAUCAUGUAUUACUUUUAUAAUAAAAUACUGUAAAGCCAGCAUUUUGUUUACCUUUUAAAAGGCUGUUAUGGUUGGAAUGCAGGCUGAUCCAAAGUCUAUUUCUUUCAAUAAUAAGAAUCUUGGGAAGAUAGUAAGGGGUGCUAAGUACAUGGGGGAGAGGGAUAGUUUCUAGUGUAGGGUGAGAGUCCCUCUUCUUCCAGUGAAUUUGUGUUCUUCUUUCCAUGUCUUCUUCCUGUGGCAAGUGGUUGAGCUCUUCUGGAACACUAGCUCUCAGGAGGCCAAGUUUAACGUGAGUCCUCAGUGGGGGUUACUGGGCUCUCCUGCCUUGCUGUUCUCCGGUUAUAGUAACCAGAAGAAUGUGACCUCAGAGAAGUCAUUGGCAGGUUAGAAAUAUGACUGAUAGUUUCCUUGGGGGGUGAGGGAGGUUGGUGGGUACCCUUGGAGAGGCUCUGUUUUCCUGGGAUGCUGACAAACAGGGCUUCACGUGUCAUUCUCCUUGCAGUCAGGAUUACAGGCUUCCUCUGUUGGGUAGGGUAGUUUCUAUAAUUCCUGCUUUUUAUAGUCCCACAGUCAGACUUCACACUCAUAUAUGGUCAUAGGAAGGAACUGCAGUGACCAUGACUGGGUUUGCCAAACUAUGUCCUUCAGGAUUAGAGAGUUCAAGAGUGUUAACCAUUCGUAUUUCUUCUUUUGUGAUUUUCCUGUUCACAUAUUCUUGCCAUUUCCAUAGUAAUAUGUGCCUUUAUUUAUAAAUUAUAUAAUAGUGACUAACUUCCUUUUGUUUAUAUGGAAAUUGCUUUGCUAUACUCAUUUUUUAAAUAAAAUUACAGAUAGCAAAAAUGUUAACCCACAAAUCAGAAAUAAUCAAUGCUAACAUUUAAAGACUAUCAAUCCUCAGGGCUGUUUCUAGCAACAUGGAUGUGUGGUCUAAAGAUCAGGUCACAUAAUAUUUAUACAUGCUUGUAAACACACAUAGGCAAAAAUUCAUGCUCAUUGUAAGCACAAGGCUCAAAUAAUAAAUAUAAAGAGUAAAAGUGAAAGUUCCUUAUUGUCCUUACUUUCCUCAAUUCUGCCCCUCCCCCCCAAUUCUAGAAGUAAACCACUAUUGAACAUUUAGUAUAUAUUUCUGGAUUUUUUGGUAUGCAUCUAAUACAC